AUGGAAGGUGAUGCAAUAGAAUUGAAGGAUUGCCUCUUUUGUUCUCACCAUUCUGCUUCCUUAAAGAAAAAGCUGGAGCACAUGAGCAAUCAGCAUUCCUUCUUUAUACCUGACCUGGAGUAUUGCACUGAUGUAGUGGGGUUGUUAACUUAUCUUGGAGAAAAGAUUGGUUGUGGGUAUGAAUGCAUAGCUUGUAGUUGGGUUGGAAAUCGCUGUCCUACUUUGGAUGCAGUUCAGAAACAUAUGAAGGAUAAAAGUCACUGCUUUAUGAAUAUAGAAGGAGAUAAGAUAUUGGAGUAUGAAGAUUUUUAUGAUUAUUCAUCCACAUACCCAGAUGCAGGUCAGGGAGGGGCUGAUGGUGAUGAAGUGGUUAUGAAUAUUUUGUCAGGAGAUGACUUUCAGUUGGUCCUACCCUCUGGGGCCAUUGUAGGUCACAGAACUCUGAUGAGAUAUUAUCGUCAAAGAUUGAAACCUGAACGUACUGUAGCAGUGAAGAAAACUCCAGGUCUGUCAUUCACAAACCUACUGUCUCACUAUCGGGCUUUAGGCUGGAAUGGCGCAUCUCAUGCUGAUGUUGUCAGGUAA